AUGUACACAAAAAAGGGAUCCACUAUUCUACAGUCAGGAUUGAAAGUAGACUUGUUGGGGCCUUCUUCAGUGGCCAUUGAACUGAGCCAAAACCCAACAAAGAGAGAAGAGCAGCUGAAUGCUAACCAGAAAAUGAUUGAUGCACCUGAGGGUAUGCUUGGGCACAUGACCAAACAAGAAAGGUAUCUUACACUGGGCAACUCUCACAUGGUCAUGUUUUGCAGGGCCAUGGAACAGCAGGCCCUAGAUCCUGCUGGUGGCGCUCUUCACACUCCACCAGAAUUGGAACAGCUCCUCAAACAAGGAUGGAGGUGGCAGGUCCUCCACCCAUCAGUGGAAGAAAGCUUUCCACAGUUUCCAGCCUUUUGCCAAUCAUCUUUGAAUUCAGUGAACAACAACAGCACCCACACAGCUGAAUUGGAAAGUAUGCUCCUACUCUCAAACUAUGUGCAAAAGGGCUGCACUAUGAAACAGGCAGUUGAUGCUGUCAAAGCAGCCCAACCCAGUUGUGGCAGCUAUUUGGAGGACAUUGCACACUUCUGUCAAUAUUACUUUGGGGGUGAAACUUUUCCUCUCCUGUCCCAACUCAGAGAUUUCAGUAAGCGCUUUGGCCCCACAUUGAUGAUUGGUGAGGAGCUGACCCACCAGCUGGCACAUUACAAUUUCAAGGUGGAAGGCAAUCCAUUGAUCAUGACUCGAAUAGCUCUUCUCCAUACAAUUUUGAGCUCAACCAAAACCACUGAUGGCAGCAAAAUCAUUGUCAAAGCAGACUUUGACAGAAUGAAGGGGGCAUUAAAAGCCAAGCUUGUGGAAGUUGAAAAGCUCUUGAAGGAUGCUUGGGAUACUGUGUGCAGUUCUUCAAGCAACAAAUGGGCUUGUGUUGCCUUUGGGCGCUUCAAUGUGAGAAUGAUUCUUUUGCUGCUUGGCAAGCAGAAACACAGCAGAGACAAUGUGGAGUAUGACUCCUUCCAUGACUUGGUGGCAUUAUUUGCAGAAGAGCUAGCUGGCAACUUUGCAAGCAAACCUUCUGCUGCUGCCAGCACCUCUUCAUCAUCCAAGAUUGAGAACCUUCUUGAGGCAUCUGCUGCAGAUGUUGCUCAAAUUCAGCAUUCUCACAUCAAGCUUGGGUGCAAGUGCAUGCACAAAGAGGAGGGUGCCAAAGUCUUCACUUUGGCCAGCAUCAAGGAGAAGCACUGUGUUUUCAUACACCAACCACUAUUUGAAGGAGCCAUUGAAAAGGAAGUAACAUUUGAUCACUUGAAGGAAUGGAAACCAACCAAAAAGGAUCCUCCAAUUCAAUGUCCUGAUGCCUCUCUGCCAGCCAAGAUGGUUGGUGGGCAAAGCAAAUGCAUUGAGAUGGACAUGAUCAAGAGCAAGCUGCAAGGCAUCAUCAAUGAGGCAUACUUGGACCAUUUGCCUGAAAACAAGUUGGUGGUUACUAUGAACCCUUGCAAUGUGCACACCAAGUCCAAACUCAAGAAGGGUGAGUUGCAACUCUACCCAGUUGGAACAGUUGCAUUGGUAAAGCCUGAUGAGAAGCCCAAAGGCAUUGUGCUGAGUUAUAUGGGAUCCCAUUUCAACUUGCACCCAUACAAGACUGCAACCACUUUUGAAGAUGAGAAACCAGGAAGUGUGGUGCCAUACUUUUGGGUAUCACAAACGGAAGAGGCUGAUGCAAUCAACAUGGAGAUCAAGUGGCAGCAUGUAAAAGAUGUAAGUCUGCCCAUUUUGGUCAACACUGUGCAGUUAAACAAACAUGCUGUUUUGCUGAAAGCUGCAAAAACAGAGUUGCCAGAUGCUCCAAAGGCCAAGAAGGCCAAAACCAAGGCAUGA